GAAGGUAAGAGAGCAGAUGGCCAUGGUCAUGGCCCUCAACUUGAAAAUCAAACUGUAUCAUGACUUUGAAUCCCUUUGUUCCUGCGUUGGCCUUAACCUUCACCAUCUUCCAUUUUCCUCUCUCUCAUUCUUCCCCUACGAAGACCACGACCUUCUAUGCGCAAUCUCCGAAGCAAUCCAAGAUUCCCAGAACAAACACAACCAUGAUUACUCUCAGAACCCAAGACUCCGGCGCAUCCUCCCUUCCCUUACGACGCGCCACGUCGCCAACCUCAUCACCCUCAACCCUCUCUCCCUCUCCCCUUCCUCCCUCCUCUCCUUCUUCAACUACCUCGCAUCGCGACCUCCCUUUCGCCACACGCUCCAUUCCUACUGCACCAUGCUGCACUUCCUCUACCUCCACCGAAUGCUACCCGAAGCACACUCCCUUCUUUCCUUCCUUGUUUCGCGAAAAGGAUCCAACUCCGCUUCUUCCCUUUUCUCUUCCAUUAUCCGCACCAUGCCUCCUCGUCACCACUCCGCUGGCAUAGUCUUCGAUGCUCUAAUGUGCGCUUACGUUGAUUCCGGGUUUAUACCCGACGCUGUUGAGUGUUUCCGUUUGGUUACGAAGAAUAAGUUCCCCGUCCCGGUUCGCGGUUGCGAGAAUCUGCUUCGUCACGUGGUCAGGUUGAAACCCCUUGAAGUUGAGCGUUCCUGGGGUUUAUAUUUGGAGGUUUUGGAUUCUGGGUAUCCGGCAAAAAUUUAUUUUUUUAACGUUUUGAUGCAUGGGUUUUGCAAAGUUGGUGACGUUGGUAAUGCGCGGUUGGUGUUCGAUGAAAUUCCCAAAAGGGGUUUGCGGCCGACGGUUGUUAGUUUUAAUACUUUGAUUAGUGGGUGUUGUAAAGUGGGGAAUGUGGAGGAGGGUUUUCGGUUGAAGGGUGUUAUGGAGAGUGAGGGAAUAUAUCCUGAUGUCUUCACUUUCAGCGCUUUGAUCAAUGGCUUGUGUAAGGAGGGUAGGUUGGAUGAGGGGAGUCUUUUGUUUGAUGAGAUGCGCGGGAGAGGAUUGGUUCCGAAUGGUGUUACAUUCACUACUUUGAUUGAUGGGCAGUGCAAAGGUGGGAAAGUUGACUUGGCUUUGAAGAAUUUUCAGAUGAUGCUGGCUCAGGGUGUUAGACCUGACUUGGUUACGUAUAAUGCAUUGCUCAAUGGUCUAUGUAAGGUUGGAGAUUUAAAGGAGGCUAGGCGGCUUCUGGAUGAGAUGAGUGCGAGUGGUUUGAAGCCUGACAAGAUCACCUUCACUACACUGAUUGAUGGAUGUUGCAAGGAUGGAGAAAUGGAAUCUGCGUUGGAGAUUAAAAGGAGAAUGGUUGAAGAGGGGAUUGAACUUGAUGAUGUAGCUUUCACAGCGCUUAUCUCUGGGCUUUGUAGAGAUGGGAGAGUUCAUGAUGCGGAGAGAAUGUUAAGAGACAUGCUGAGUGCUGGUUUCAAACCGGAUGAUUCAACGUAUACCAUGGUAAUUGAUUGCUUUUGUAAGAAGGGUGAUGUUAAGGCGGGAUUCAAGUUGCUCAAGGAGAUGCAACGCAAUGGACAUAGGCCAGGAGUUGUCACGUAUAAUGCGCUAAUGAAUGGAAUGUGCAAGCAAGGUCAGAUGAAAAAUGCUAAAAUGCUGUUAGAUGCAAUGCUUAAUUUGGGGGUGGCUCCAAACGAUAUUACGUAUAACAUUUUACUAGAUGGUCAUUGCAAGCAUGGAAGCUCAGUUGAUGUUGACUCAUUUAAUUCUGAGAAAGGACUUGUUGCAGAUUAUGCUACAUAUAAAGCACUUCUUAAUGAAUCAAGUAAUAAUACUUCAAAAGAUCGCCUAAAGAGAUGAUGGUUACUGAUAUAUGUUUAGCCGAACUGCAGUAGUUGUUGGGCCUGGCUUACAGAUAAAACAUCAUCAGAGUAAAUCAAAUGUAACCGCACUAUCAUCAUUGAAGCAGAAAGAACAGGGCAGAUAGGAUAUGUUCUCAAUUUCAUUUUUGUGUGAUUCUUUAUUUAAUUGCCAGAAUGGUAAAAGUACCAUGCAAGAAGGCAAAGGAGUGAUUCCUUGCAAAUAAAGCAACUUGGCUGCUAUUGUCAAUGCAAGAAGCCGAAGUUGCUUCUAACGGUUAAGGUGACUAGCUAAAGGGGAGGUUCCCAGAUGAUUCAGUUGCAUUUCAAUGGCUUUUUACUACCAGAUAUGGGUGCCAAGUUACUUCUUAAGGAAACACUUUGCUGAUGGAACAAGCGACAUGUAUGGAUGCUAUUUAUAUGGAAGAAUAUGCCCCUUAAACAGAGCAUGUGGAAGAAUAUGCCCUCAGAUUUGAGAGUAUAUAAGGUGAAAAAACCUCUUCUGUUUGAUUUUCUUAUUCUUUUGUUUUUCCUUUUUGUCAUUUGGCUAGCUGCAUACACGUUGGAAGCAGCAACAACACCUACCAUAAGGUAUUAUCAGCACCCUUUUGCUUUCAGAAGUGGAAAGUGAAGGUAAGUCUUUGAAGAGAAGGAAAAAUGGGUAGUUGUGGAAGGGAAAGUGUAGGGAAACAGUAUAUAAGAUCAAAAGUCCCUCUUUUAAGAUGGACUCUUGAACUGCAUCGUUGUUUUGUUUAUGCCAUUGAAACUCUUGGAGACAAUCACAGUGAAUACAUUGUUUUCAAUGUAUAAUUACUAAUUUA